AUGAAAACGCUCUUAUUGCUGCUGACUAUCGGAGGCACUCUCUGUCUCUCCGUCCACAAUUCUUACUAUCCUUACGACUACAACAAUAAACAGAACGGAAACAGUCACAGCAGUGCACUGAACCAGCUUCUAGCCAAAGCUCCCCCUCAAGCUAUCAACGCCUAUCUUCAAAUCGUACAGAACUUUUCCCAAUCACUCGCCUAUUUGAGGACAGCCUUUGAAAAUUGGGCUAAAACUUACGGACUUGAGCAAGAAUACAGAAGGUUUCUAGCAGCGUCGCAAAAGGAAAAUGAAGAAUUCAAAAGAGCCAUUAGUGAACUAUAUCCCAUGCUCACAAGGUUUCUCACUGACUACAUGAAAUAUGGAAAUGACAGGCGACAAUCAAUUAUGCUCGCCUUCAACAGAACCGCGUCACUGACAAAUAGAGCUGACAACAGACAAAAUGAAGUUGUUGAAUCCAUAAUAGACUUGUACCUCUCAUCAUUGGCUGGUGCUGGGACCAAUACAAGAGGUAAUGGAUACGCAGGAAACUCUGGCAGUUACUGGGCAGGCAACGGCAUGUACAAUGGAAACAACGUCAUAUACAAUGGACCUAAUGGCGGCGGACCAUCGAAUGGGUGGGGUUCAGGAGUCAAUGGAAUGGGAUACGUUGAUGUAAGAAUGCCUGCUGGAAACUUUGGUUACAACAACGGUAACAGCUACACUACUAAUCAGAGACAAAGUGGUGGAUGGAUUCCAAGCACUCUAGAAUGGCUUCACAGGCAAUAAGUAUGCAGCGAUGGACACCCUGCUCUGCUACUAGUUUGCGAACAGCCCUUUCCACUAUAAAUGUAUAAUAGAUAAUGUAACUACUUCCUACAUGAUUCUGUAUAGUCAG